AUGUCUGGCGACGAAGAGUACAUGGCAGAAUAUGACGAGUACAACUAUGGGACGGAGUUUCAGAAGAUGGAGGAGCGCAUGAAGGCCGGAGGGCACGCCAAGCACAAGGACCUGAAGGAAAAACAGAGGUUUUCUCCGUCAGGGAACGUUAGGAAGGUCGUCUACAACAUUCAGAAUGCCGAGAAGAAGGUCAAGGAAACAAGAAAGCGUGCUGGGAGCACCUAA